GGUCAUGGAAACGGCGGUAUCUGCCGCGGGAGUAUGAAGAGUGUUUACAGUUGGAGGAGCGGAGUUUGCUAGCACACUGAAGGAAGCAUAUCGUUGCCGAAAUAAAAUCGUUUGUGAUUAAGACGGAUCUUAUGUUAGCUACUUAAAAAUGGCUCAACCGAUGCCAGUUUUUACGUCAGGUCGCUAUGAAAAGAAUACAUAUCUAGUUGGCUACUGUUCAGGAGCAAGUCACACUGCACAGUCGCUAUCUAACUUAACCCGUUGACUAUAAGUUAGAUACUUAGCCAUAUAACGCUAGCAAAGAAAAUUGUCCUAGCUAGUAAUAUAGCUGUAUAUUCGUGAAUGAAUCCCUUCCGUUGCAAUGUCGUCUAGAGUUUGGCAGCAUCCUUACGUCAAUAUCUUUAAACACGUGAAGAUAGAGGAAUGGAAGAAAUCAACCAGAGAAGGAGAUGUGACCACCUAUAUGGACAAAACAUUAAAGUGUUCAGUUUUUCGCAUACGUGGAUCAAUUCCAGCCAGCACCUACAUCCUGGUGCCAAAGACAAGUACCCAAUCGCUUGGACUGACUGGACGCUACUUCUACCUGCUAUUCAGACCCAGCCCUACCAAACACUUUGUGGUGCAUUUGGAUGUGGCUUCUCAGGAAAGUCAGGUGAUCCGCAUCUCCUUCUCCAACAUGUUCAAGGAGUUCAAGUCCACAGCCACCUGGCUUCAGUUCCCCUUCCUGUGUGGAGCUGCUAAAGGCUCAGUGUAUGAGAGCACGGCUAAAGCAGCCAGGCAUGAUUUGGUGGGCCCGGCUCCUCCCACGGUGCGCUGGACCUGCCUUUUGAUAGACCUGCAGUAUGUCCUCUCCGUCUACCUCAACCGCCGCCACAGCCACCUGAAGAGUGUGAAGCUGUGCGCCAACAUGUCUGUAAAGAACAUGUUCACCAGCGACCUGCUGUGUGACCCAGAGCUGUCUUUCAAUGAAGCCAAACAUGCAGGAACAGGAUCUGGGAAAGGCGCUGGUCCAAUGCCGCGUGAAAUGUGCUUCCCUGUGCCCAAGGGAGAAAGCUGGCAUGAUCUAUAUGACUUCAUCAGGUUUCCUUCUGAUGGAGCCAAGAUGCCUUUUGAUUCAAUUCAGAAAGGGUGUACCAGUCCAACAAUUGGUUCCACAACAUCUGAAAACCCUGUUCGUCAGGUUUCCAUCAGCAAGCCUGUGAAGGACAGGGUCUCUCUUAUCCAACAAAUCACCAGCCCCAAACAUCGCGCCAGGUAUCACGUCCCUUUGGUGACCGCCAGCGUGCCUGAGCUGGGCAUUCGGCCCGUCGUGCCAGGGCGCAGGGAGCUGCAGGACACCUGGCAGGAUCCGGGGGAGGACGGGAGUCAGCCACAGGACCCGGACAGCCUGGACGAGGACGACACGCCCAGGAUGCUGGGUAUGGAAAACGAGGGCGUGCACGUCUUUGUGCACAGAGACGAUGGAGUCGCCCUGCAAAGAGAGGACAGUGAAGGGGAGGAGAUGGUGUGUACCACGGUCCCACGGCCAGUUUCCCUGCCUUUGAGGAAAGCGUCAGAGCGGCUGAAACUGCAGCCGGACCCCAUCCUGAAGCUCAACAGAAUCAUUGGCUUUGGAGGGUGCACCACCAAAUGUGCACUGUGGACCAAAUCUGGAGAUGCGGUGGUGUACCCCUGUCAUGCCGUGAUCGUCUCGAUGAAGAUCUCCUCUGGACAGCAACGGUUUUUCAUUGGGCACACGGACAAAGUGUCAGCGUUGGCGUUCAACGGCGCCUGCACUGUCCUGGCGUCUGCGCAGAUGGGCAAUCAGAGCAUCGUGCGUGUGUGGAACUACCUCAAUGGCAGCUGCCUGGCCAUGUUCAAAACCCACGCGCACUCUCUGUCCUCUCUCAGCUUCUCCCACAGCGGUGGGGUUCUGUGUGGAGUAGGCAAGGACAGCCACAGCAAAACGCUGGUGGUCGUGUGGAACACGCGGCGGGUCACCAAAGGAAAAGAGGUGGUGGUUUUGGCCAAGGCUCACACGGACGUGGACGUGCACACCAUGAAGAUCGCUUUCUUCGACGACACCAGGAUGGUGUCCUGUGGGAGGGACAACGUGCGCCUGUGGCGCGUGCGAAGCGGGUCCCUGCGCUCCUGCCCGGUGAACCUGGGCGAGUACCACGCCCUGGACUUCACGGACGUGGCUUUCGAGGAAGGGCACUGCGCGGACAAGGAGCCGGAGGACCGCACGCUGUUUGCGAGCAGCAGAAGCGGUCACAUCCUGGAGAUUGACUACAAGAGUGUGUCGAUCAGGAACGUGCGGCGCCUGGUCCCUGCGCAGCAGGUGCACUCGGAGCGCAGGGAGAAGCAGACCUUCAGCACCGGCCCCGGCAUCGCCGUGAACAGCAUCAGCGUUUCCUCGGCCUUCUGUGCCACGGGCUCAGAGGACGGCUACCUGCGCCUCUGGCCUCUGGACUUCUCCAGUGUUUUUCUUGAGGCCGUGCAUGAGGGGCCAGUGAGCCUGGUGGCGGUCAGCGAGGAGGGGCUCAGCGUGCUGGCGGCCACCAGCACGGGGAACCUGGGCUACCUGGACGUUAGCAGCCGCAAGUACAGCACGCUGAUGAGGUCACACACCGACACCGUGCUGGGCUUCUGCGUGGACGGCAUCCGCAGGCGCAUCACCACUGCCUCCCGCGACGGCAGCGUCCGCAUCUGGGACCUGGACUCCCUGCAGCAGCUAUAUGACUUUGUCUCUGAGGACGUGCCCUGCUCGGUGGCCUUCCACCCCAGUCAGCAGGUGUUCUCCUGUGGCUCCAGCUCCGGGAUGGUGCGGGUCUUCAACAUUGCCAGUGCCAACUUGCUGGCAGAGCACAAGCAGCACAGGGGAGAGGUGAUCGGCCUGGCCUUCUCCCCUGACGGGGAGUUCAUGUACAGCGCCGGCUCUCUGGGCUCUCUGGUUCUCUAUAACGCCUCGCAGGACGACCACCACAUCCUCAGAGCCCUGGGUAACGUGGUGGCGCGGGGCGUGGAGCGCAGUCCGGACGCCCUGACGGUGAGCAGCGACAGCCGCUGCCUGGCGUUCGUCGGGCCCUCGGAGCACAUCGUCACCGUCAUGGACGCUCGCUCCCUGGAUGAGCUGCUGAGGGUGGACGUGAGCAUCCUGGACGUGGAGAGCACCAGCCUGGACUCGGCUGUGAAGGUCUGCUUCCCCCCCGCCUCCACCGGGCACCUGCUGAUCGCCACCUCCGCCAACAAGAUCCUCUGGCUCUAUGCCAAAACGGGGAGGCUGCUGAGAGAGGUGUCCAGCGUGCACAAGCAGCAGUGCAGCUCGCUGGCGGUGAGCGAGGACGGCCGCUACCUGCUGAGCGCGGGGCACAGGGUGCUCAAAGUGUGGGACUACAGGAUGCAGCUGGACGUCAACGCACAGGUAUUCAUUGGCCAUUCCCAGCCCAUACAGCAGGUGAGCUUCACUCCGGACCAGCUGGGUGUGGUCAGUGUGGGGGAAGCUGUCUUCUACUGGGACUUCAUGGCCCAUUCAGAGGAGUCAGUGAAGAGGAGGAGCCCUUCUCCUGUUGUUAGGUCUGCCUCUCCUUUUAAAUCAGAAGAUAAUUUGCGGAGCAUCAGUCCGAUGCUGCUGUCCAAUGGGAUGCCUCGACAGACUGUGCCCCUCCCAUCAGCCUCCCCGCCGUGUCUGGACAUCAGCUCUAUGAACAGAAACAGCCUUGAAGCCCUGUCUGCGUGUGAGGGCUCAGAGGAGGCGGAGCCCCUCGCUGCCCCGUCCCCUGCAGUGUCGGGGUCCUUCCUCCGGGUCACAGAGAUGGCAGUGAGCGGGGACGGAGCCAGCCUGAGGAACGGAGUCACCUGUCACUCAGUGGAUAAAGUGGAGGAGAAGCCGUCAAUUCGUCCUGAUUCCUACAGGCACUUCACUCCGCGCUUCAAGACCUCUGUCCUGGAUCAGGGUGCCGCGGCUCCCCAGGCUGGAGAGGAGGGCCUGAAGCUGAAGGCUGUGAUUGGAUACAACGGGAACGGGCGGGGCAACAUGGUCUGGAAUCCAGACACGGGUCUGUUCGCGUACUCCUGCGGCUGUGUGGUGGUGGUGGAGGACCUGCACACGGGCUCCCAGAGGCACUGGCUGGGCCACGCCGAGGAGAUCUCCAGCCUGGCCGUGGCCAACGACGCGCAGACGGUGGCUUCGGCGUCGGCGGGCAGCGGCGGCUCCGCCAGCCUCAUCUGCAUCUGGAGCGUCCGCGACGGCGCCUGCAAAAAUACCCUCUCUCACCACAAGGGGGAGGUGCAGGGCUUGGCCUUCUCCAGAGACGACCUCUACUUCCUGUCCAUUGGAGACUACACGGACCCGGGGGUGGCGCUGUGGAGCACCAGGACGUACCAGCUGCUGUCCAGCGUCGGCCUCCAGCAGCCGCUCCACGAUAUGGCCUUCAGCCCCUUCGCUGCCAGCCAGCUUGCCUGCGUGGGGAGCUCUGGCGCCCUCUUCUGCCUCAUCGAGUCAAACGGCCUGGAUGUGCAGCUAAAGGUGCAGACUGCCCCUGUGCCAGACGAGGUGGGGGAGGUGGAGCUGACGUCGCUGUGCUACGCCGACGGCAUCCUGUACACGGGCACCAACAGCGGGCGCGUCUGCGCCUGGGACUGCCCCUCCCAGCGCUGCUUCAUGACCUGGGAGGCGGACGAGGGCGAGAUCGGGGUUCUGCUGUGCAGGGAGAACCGCCUCCUCACGGGCAGCAACACUAAGAGAGUCCGGCUGUGGGCGGUGGCGGCCGUGCAGGGGAUGAGGCCUGGGCUGGAGACCUCCGAGGGCAGCAACGCUAUGGUGCUGCUGGAGCAGGAGAUGACCCUGGACGGGACGGUGGUGAGCGCGGCCUUCGAUGACGUCAUGGACAUGGGCAUCGUGGGCACCACCGCGGGCACCCUCUGGUACAUCAACUGGGUGGAGAACACCAGCAUCCGGCUCAUCAGCGGGCACAAGAGCAAGGUGAAUGACGUCCUCUUCAGCCCGGACGAGAGUAGCUUCGCCACGUGUGGGGAGGACGGCAGCGUGCGGGUGUGGUCGGCACCUAGCAACGAGCUGCUGGUGCAGUUCCAGGUUCUCACUCAGAGCUGUCAGUGCAUCUGCUGGAGCCCAGAGCUGGGCUCCUCCAAAGGAGGCCAGUUCAUUGCGGCGGGGUACAGCGACGGGACUCUGCGCAUCUUCCGAUUGGCCACCUCUGAGAUGGAGCUGAAGCUGCACCCCCACCCCGUGUCCGUCACGGCCGUGCAGUACUCUGCAGCUGGCCAGGUGCUUCUCUCAGGCGGUAAGGAUGGCCUGAUGGCCAUCAGUAGCCCCCUCACCGGGAUGACCCUGCGCAUCAUCAGCGAUCACAAGGGGGCGCCCAUCAGCACCAUUCAGUGCGUCAAGAGGAAGUGCAUAGAAUUUGGACUUGAAGGAAAUGAGAUGUGGUUGGCUGCCAGUGCGGACAGGCGUGUCAGUAUCUGGGCGUCUGAUUGGACGAAAGACAAGUGUGAGCUCCUGGAUUGGCUCACCUUCCCAGCCCCUACCAGCCCUGAGGCUCCCGACAGCCUGCCCCCCAGCCUGGCUGCUUUCUACCCCAGUGACUCGGGCAUAGUGUUGUACACAGGAUACGGAGUAGAGAAGGAAAUGUCAUUCUACAGCCUGUCCAAGAAACAGGUGAUUAAGAAGAUUGCUUUGUCUCACUGGGCAACAUGUCUGGGCCUCUCGCCCAUAGGUUCUCUUGUCGCUGUUGGUUCUAACGAACGCCUGUUGAAGCUCAUCAAGUCCACUAGCGGAAAGUUCCAGGACUUUCCCACCCACAGUGACUCUUUGCAAGUGUGUCGGUUCUCCCCUUCAGGGAAGUGCCUGUUCACAUCAGCCUACAAUGAGAUCCUGCUGUGGGGGGUGCAUGGGCUUUAGGCAAGGGGCUCCAAGGAGCCUCAUGCUGCAGCAUCCAGGCCACAGCAGCACUGCAUCUCUUCAGCCUCAGUCUGAGCCGUAUUAGAUCGCCUUAUCAUCAGUGGGUUACUGGCUCUGCCCAGCCAUUCAUUUGUAUGGACGAGCUGAAGCUGGUGAAUGGAUGGAUUUUGAAUUUAGAAUUCAAAAUUUUAAGUAGUUCUUGCUUAUAGGUUUGGACAAAGAAAAUGCCUGUUUUGUGGGUUCUGUGAAGGAUUUUUUUUAUUUGUUGCACAUUUAAUUUAUUUCUUCAAGAAAUUUCUUGAAUUUUAUUUCUCGAUCCACCAGAUGUUUGGGUCUUGAUGCCUUUCCUUCUCCAUGGUUCUUACACAAUUACAUGAGAAUCUUUCUCUGACAUCACACGCCUGAUCCUUCCUUGGAAUUUCUUGUAGUUUACAUUAAAUUGAACUGGUGUUGAGACCGAGAUAUAGUAUAGUUUUCAGAAUUUAGUUGGGGACAAAAUGAAUUCCUCUGGCUUUUAUUUCCAAUCUCAGAUACAGUAUCUUAUCUGACCAGAGUGAUGAAGAAAUACUUGAAUUAUGAAUGUAAUACAGUUUGCUUAUAGCUGGAGAAGAGCAUGUACCAGUUUUGGUCACAAGUGUAGGAAUGUUGUGCUCAUGUUUUUAAUAAAGUUUUUUAUAGAAAGAAA